AUACGACGUGAGGUGUUGAUAGAAGCUAUUUAUUGAUUUCCUUCAAACAAGAUAAUCUUUCGCCUCGCCCUGUUGAGUUUGGAUUUCAAAUUACGAUGCGCUUUAAAAUAAGGCUACGCAACGAAAUAAAUAUCGACGCGGCCACUGGAAAAGUCAAUGAAAGUACAAAAUAAGUUGGCACAACAUUUUGAAUUUAUGAUAGGAUUACGUCAUCAAAAUUUGCAACGCAAACACCUCUAGGACGUUGAAUUGUUGCGGAAUCGUAUAUUAGAUCAACAAAGCCAUCCGACGGGCCAAUAAACAAAGAAGAAUCAAGAACUCUUUAACGAUAAGUAAAUAUGUUCGGUAAAGAAAACUGACAUCAAGUUUUGGUGCAGCAAGCAAACCAAGAUCUGCCUGCAGUUAAUACCUUCGCGUACAUGAAAAAGAGAAUAUAUAGAUAAAGGCGCAUUAAGGAAGACGUCAAAGACGCGUGUGCGUGAUAUUGAUAACAAGGACAUAUACCUGAGCACGAACACGAGAUCUCUUACGUAGUAGGAGUUAAAAUUUUGAACAGAAUCGAAGACACCGAGAAACUGAAUCACGGGCACUUGGAAGUCGCACAUACGAAACUUUGUAACCUGAAAUUAUCGCUAAUGCACGCAUGGCUGAGCGUCUCUCCAAAUAUUGCUGAAAGGAAUAUAGAAAAGCAUAAAAAUAAAAGAAAAACAGAACGAGGGACGACGUAUUGACACUUCAAUAAUCUUUACAGAAGAAAAGGAAAAGGUAUCGAAAAGAAAGAAGGCAUCUGUUCGCGGUGGCAAAUAAGAAAAACUACUAGCAAAUCAGAACGCUUUCAAAACACGUGCACGAACUCGCCGGAAAAAGAAAUAACUGAAGCCAUUCGUCUUACUUAGCAUACUAACGACGGACCGUCACCAAAUCCUUUACAGCAUCUACUUAAUUUAAAAGCCAUAAGCGUUUAAUUCAUAUUAAAUUUCCAAAUCAAAGCAUUUCUACAUGUGGAGCGCAAACUUCAAAGACAUGACCCAUUUUAUUGUCAUCUACUCGUGGAUUUCUUUGGCGCUCGUCACGUUAUCGCCCAAAAGCGCAAAUUGUGCAAAUGUCGCGGUUGUAUGGCGAUCAAGCGACGGAGACAAAUUCACAAAUCCCUUUGACAAUAGAAAUAUGGACAGUUGCCGAAACGCGAACGCGCAUUGUUUUACGUCGCCUCCAUGCAUCUUUUGCAAGUGCAAUAAAGAGAGGCAAACAUAUCGCAUGGAUUCUAGAACAUGUAUAUCCUCAAGAAACGUAAGAAAUAUCACAGGAUGCAAAUCUUUGGGCCAGCAAAUUCAACAUGGUCAAGGGUAUAUCACGGAUCAAAACCUUCCAAUCUUGGAUUUCUCGAGAAAAGGGAGAAAAUAUGUUCGAUUUUUGGGGUUAAGUAGAAUGGCACAAGGAUACUAUGAAAACACGAUAAAUUGUGACAUAAAAAACAGUUCGGCGUACCUCAGUAACGAAGGAGACUGGCGCACAUGGCCAAAUGUCAAUGAUAUUUUUACAGCAAGAGCUCAGCUCAUGCCUAACGAUGCAAUCUUUCUCGUUCUGGAGUGGGAGAAAGUUGAUAAAAAAUACCUCGGAUUGAUCGCUAAACUGAUGUUUUCGUGCAGCAAAGCAAACGAUAAUCCAGAGACUGGAUGCUUCGUUUUCAAAAGCGAAGGAAAUCAAAGUUUAGAUGUACUUCCAACUCCUACCACCAAAAUGACAAUCUCCACACUGAAAUUUAAUGUCAUACCUACAACAAAACCUAAGCAGGUGACAUCUGCAAAGGUAACAGUCCCCGUCGAGCGAGAAGAUAUUAUUGAAAGCAAAACGUUUAGUGUGCCGAUGUCGAUUAUCAUUGGAGUAUCCGUCGGAGUAUGUCUCGUCAUUAUCGUUGUCAUCCUUUUCGCUGUUUGCUUUGUUCGUCACAGGACAAGAAAACAUCCACAGCCAAAGGUGUCUCAAGGCAACAGUGAACCACCUCCCAAAGUACACAUGACGACACAAGCUCGAUUCGGUUUGAUUCAAGAUACGACCGUCAUUGAGGUGGAUGACGAAGAUUACACGAGUUUGAAAACGAAUAGGGAAAGCUAUGAUCCAUAUUGUUCGCUGAGCAGAGACAAUGCUGAUAUGAAUGUGAUUGAAACCAUAUUAAAAGACGCAGCUUCAAUGGAAUCAAUUUCUGCUUCAUAUGAGCCGCGAUACAGCUGCCACUUGUCCAAAAAUAAUGGCGUGAUUAUCGAAAGUGUGAAAUCUCCUUUGCGAAACCAAUCGAGUUAUCCCCUCCUGAAAAGGGACGAUGACGUCACUGAGGAUGAUGAUUCAAACGAUCCCGAUUACGAAGAGAUGGACGACGACGAAUAUAAUACUUUAAUUUCCUCGUCUGGAAUACCGAGUGUCAAGCCUCCGCUCCCAGACCGUGUUUACCAUGAGUUAGAACCACCAAGGACAAGACAUCAUUCGGAAUCACUGUAAUGCUUUGAGCGCUUACGCCAGCCAUUAGAAUCAUUUUCAUUUUUCAGGGCCCCCGAAGAUGGUAGCAAAUUGGGUUGUUACUGUAACAAUAUGUCUACUUCUAUUACAUCGUCUGGUCAUUCAACGCCACGGCGCUAGAGGCCGAGAAAUGAAGAAGAAACAACAAGAGUUAAGUCAAAGAAAGAAGUUGUUUCACAUUUAAUUAGUCCGCUUUUCGGCAGAAAACAAUCCCUAAAGUCUACAAGAUAUGGCCUAACAGAAGCUCAAUACCAAAUGCAAACACAAGCGCGCAAAGCAUUACCGCGACAAAGAUAUUUAAUUAUUCAUGUACGUGAACUUUCGUUCAUAGAAGUGUUGUCAAUAUGCAUCAAGUUUCCUCAAUUGAGUUUGAAAACAAUUCGCUUGAAAAGUCGUUCCUUCAAGAUUUACGCUUUAUUGUACUCUACUGAGACUCGAACUGGUCUAAAUUGCCUAUUUGCCAUGGCACAUUAGCCACUCCAGAGAAAUCGAGUUGGGGCCUUAUUGCACACAUCUAUAAAAUACCACAAAUAGCUAAAUUUAAAGAAAGUGUUUGAUAAAAACAUUUAAAAAAGAUUAAAGGUAGCCAACUUGAAACAAUAAAAGUAUAAAACAGUACUCAAAUGCUCCAGGAACAUAAUUAUCAUUAACAACUUCUCUUUCUAAAGUAUUUUAAUCAGUGUGCAAUGUCUCCGAAAUCUGAAAUUGUUUUGAAAUGUAUUGUGUAAAUAUAGUUGUUUUUGACCAUGCAA